AUGGCCGCUUUGGUGAGCAUGGGACGUGGGGCCGAGAAGAGUGUGCGAGCCAGAGGCCGUAGACCCGGGAGGCCCAGACGGUCUUCCGUACGCCCGCAGGAGCCCGUAGUGGUGGACCUGGUCAGCGACAGCGGCAGCGAUGAGGAGGUCGGCGCGAGCAGUGCCAGGGUCGGGCAAGGCCCGGCAUAUUCUAGAAGUGGAGAGGGCGGGGAAGGCUGCGGCCGGGCCCGCGACAGUUAUAGCGAAAGCGACAGCGAAGAGGAAGGGACCGGAGCAGCAGAGCAGCUGCGACUCAGGCCCCCUGCCCCGCGGCGGCGGCGCCUUCUGCUGGGUGCUGGGGAGGCCCCAGUCGUCCCCGUAUAUUCGGGCAAGGUGAAGAGCAGUCUCCGAUUCUUCCCCAAGGAUCUUAGGCAUCCACUAUUCAACGGAAACCCUAGCGAGGAAGUUGUGGAUUUGGAUUCUGAUAGACCCCUUUCUGAGGCCAUCUAUUUGCCAGUUUCUUCCUCAGAAAAGAGUCCAAAGGCUAAUGAUGAAGAAGAGAAUCAGUUUUUGGUCCAGGACAGUUCUCCUUCCCCUUCUCCUCCUCCCAGGCGCCGAAGGCCAUCCAGGAAAGUACCAACAGCUCUUGGGAAAAUAAGGGAAGUGAAUAAGCGCUUGCAGGGUCUCCGAUCUUAUCUGAGUCCCCUGUCAAGCAAAGACCGAGUUUCUCAGAAUUCUGAGGAUGAAGUGAUAUUGGUGGAGGAGUCCCAUGCUGUGGAGAGUCCUCGGCCCUUAACUCUUAAAGUGAGGUGCCGAGCUGACCUUGUCAGAUUACCUCUUAGCGCGGCUGAGCCCCUGCAGGUUGUUGUGGAUCACAUGGCAUCUCGCCUAGGAGUGUCCCCUGCCCGAAUUCUUCUGCUGUUUCGAGAAGUGGAACUUUCCCCUACUGCCACCCCCAGCUCACUAAAGAUUGGAGUGGCUGAUAUCAUUGAUUGUGUGGUCCUGUCCAGUACUCCUGAACCUUCAAAAGAGUCAGGAUCAGGGGAGGAACUUCGCCUCAGGGUUCAGGGACAAGAGAAACACCAAGUCCUAGAGGUCACUAUUCCCCGGGGUGCUCCUCUUAGAACACUGAUGUCUCACUAUGCAGAGGCCAUGGGACUCAAAGGACAUAAGCUCUCUUUCUUUUUUGAUGGUGAGAAGCUUUCGGGCCAGGGGACCCCAGCAGAGUUAGGCAUGGAACAAGAGGACCUCAUUGAAGUUAGGGGAUGAAGUGCAGUGUCCUGCUCUCUACCUCCUCUCGUGCCCUCAGACAAUGAGAUGUGAAGCUGGGGCUCUUCAGAAGUGAAGAAUAAAUGCCUGCCCUUGUAGCCUUCCCAUUCCAUCUUCUCUCCUUCCUUCAGUUGCCCUAAAGUUAGAUCAGAGAAAUACAUUCCCUUUCUCCUUCCUUUUCCCUUGUCAUCAUUUACCCUUCACCCUUCUUUCACAAGUAUCUUGGUGUGGAGCUGCUACUCUAGCAUUUGUUCUUGUUAGUUUCUAAGAGUGCAUCCUGGUCCCUUUCUGCAACCUGAAGGAUCUUUGUGUGUGUAUGUGUGUGUGUGUAUGUCCACCCUGUAUAUAUGUAAAUAUGUCCGUUGAUCUCUUUCUCCUUGUACUGACUGAUUCUUUUGGAUCUUGGGGUGUGAUAUUGCAGACCUCUUGUUUCCAAAUCUCUUCAUGAAACUAGUCAUUUUUGUAAUUGACAUUAAAAUAAAAGAAUGAUGCAGUUUGGAUCCUGGGUUUGAACUUGAAUUCUUCCAGGAUCUUUGUCUCAUAGUGGGAUGGUGGACAGUGUAAAGGGGAAAUUAUGGUUGGUUGGACUAAAUAUUCAAAAGGGUGGUCACCAGGAAUUGAUUACCCAAUUCCAAAUGAUUUUUUAG